GCAGCUUUGCUCGGAAUCGAGAUUUUUCUCUCCAUGCGGUAGCAUGCACGGACAUGGAGGCAGCCUGCAGAACCACGGCUCAUUCAGCGCAGGCGGCGCCUGGCCUCCGCAGAGCCCACAGGUUGGCGUGGCUGCGCCACAGGACAACGAGCUGGCCAAUAAGGCGGCGGAGGUCACGGUACUGCGGAGCCGACUGCAGCACUUUGAGAAGGAGAACACGCGCCUGCAGAACGACCCGAGGCUCAACAUCAGCUCGGCGCCAUGUUGCGCAGUUUUUUUUCUCGGACCCGAGGAGCUGGCCUGUGCCAAGGAGGCUCCGGACAAGAAGCGCGCGGAGCGGCAAGAGCGGCAGGAGCUGGAACGAGUCAGCGGGGAGCUUCAGUAUGCUCGACAAGACCUGCUGAGCUCGGAAGAGGAGCGGAAGCGGAUGCGGCUCACGCUGGAGACCAUGCAGAAGGAGAUGAUUGCGCUUCGAAAGGAACAGCCUGAGAGAGGUCCAAUAGCGCCGGCGGCGGCGCCAGCUGCGCCCACGGCGCCGGCAGUGGCGACGGCAGCGCCGCCCACGCCGCGGGUCCCGGCGCCGGCGCCUGCCGAAGCUCGGAGGCCGAAGGAGCCGCCCGUAGAACGUCGCCUGAAGCACGAAACAUCCUUUGCUGACGAGUCGGUGCAAGCCAAGCGCAGCCUUUUGCUGGAGGCGCUGGCGCGCUGGGAAGUUCUCGCGCCCGAGGGCCCCUGGCUGCAGCUGCGGGCCGCCCUCGCCGCGAACGCCGCGGCCUCCGCCGCGAACGCCUUCGCGGCCUUGGCGCAGUGCGGCGGCUGGGCGGCGCGGAGCGCCGCAGCCCAGGCUGCGCGAGCCUGGGCGCUGGAGACGGAGCGCUUGGGAGAGCUCUGCUUGGCCGAGCGUCAGACGCUGCCUGCGGCGCUGUGCGGAUUGCUGCAGAAAGCUGUGCUGGAGCCAGAGGAGGAUGAGCAUUGUGAGAAUUGCGCUAGCGAGACCAUGGCGGCCUUGUGCGAGGUCGCGGCCAAGCUGCGGCCGGCGGAGCGGCCGGCGCUGCGGCCGGCGCUCGCGGCGCCCGGCGCCCUCUGCGCGCUGCUUUGCGAGGAAGUGGGCCCAGACAGCCUGCACUUGCCGUGCUUGAGCUUCUUGCAGACGUGCAUGGCUUGUCCGGAGCUCUUCGCUUUGGCGCACCAGGCCCCGGAGGAGAAUCUGCUGCUGGCCGCCGCGGAGCUGCUGGUGGUCCCUUCCAGGGACAGCGAGGUCGACAGCUUGGAGCGGCAGCAGUGCAGAGUAGCUGCCCUGCGUCUUUUCGUCCAAUGUCUUGCAACAGCACCCAGCCCGGACGCCAUCCUGCAGCUGCGGGGCGAUGGCUGCGACACCGUGCUGCAGCGCUUGGUGCUGCUGGGCCACCACGAGCUGAUGUGCCUCACGCUCGCCUCGAACCCCUGGCACAGCUUCCAGCUGGAGGCCUCCUGCACGCUGCGGCGCCAGGCAGCAGAGACGUCCUUGCUGCUGCUCUCGAGCUUCGCUUGGCGCAGCGUGCCGGAGGCGCCCAGCUUGCCGCCGGCCGAGUACCAGCAACUUCGGCUGCGCGCGUUGGCGCUUCUGGGCAGGACACGAAUUCUGCUGCCAUCCAUCAUUGACCUGGUGGCCUCUCGUGCGUCCGAGCCGGAGUACCACGCGCUCUUGGGCAGUGCCUCCCUGCUUCGUCUCCUGGAUGAUCCCGAGGAUUCCAAGGGAAGCGUGGCGGCCCGGUGACCGCCGCGACAGGGAAAGCUGCGACACACUGGCACCGCAGUGUGCUCGCAGAUGGGACUGAUGGACACAUUGCGGUUGGGGGGUUGGGCCGUUGUACAGCCUGGAGUGUCUAGGUGAAGCAAAAAGGCAGGAGAGAGA